AUGAAUCCACCAAGGUUUCGAAUUUUGGCGAAUAAUCAGUGCACAAAUGUUGGACCGAAUCUUUCAUUUGAUGGGCUUACAAUCAGGACAGUGAAAGUGGAAGCGAUUGAAGGCGAAUGUCCCUGGGCAUGGGCUCCAGGUUGUGAAUGGAGUGCUCAUCACUUUCUCUCUGAAGUUUUUACCGGUUUUCCACCUAACCAGGUAAACUUGACUCGAAAUGGGAAAUGGGUGACAGUUCCAGUGAGUCGAGUGCCCGAGAGUUAUCGAGAUGGUUACACGAUAUGCACAGCUCCCUUGUAUUGGUAUUCGGACUGGCUUCGAUUGAUCUUGUUCUUUGAAAUCUCUAUGCUACACGGAGCCACGAAUUUCGUCAUGUCAACUCAUUCAGUGUCGCGCAAAGUGCAGAUAGUGCUUGAUUUUUAUAAAGAUAAGGGUAUUCUCUCACUCCGCUCGUGGCCUCUAAUGCCGUCAUCUUUCCUCAUCGAUCCAAACGAUUCAAUCUAUCGUCUUUCCCAUUCACUUUCUCAUCUCGAUUGCACUUUUCGUGUUGACACAAAAAUCGCUUCACUAAACGACAUUGAUGAGUUUAUCAUUCCGAGGAAUGGGAAAGCAAUUGAUUUCUUUCGAAAGCUCUUCUCAAAUCAUUCACAUUACAAAGGAGCCACAUUUCGACACGCUGAAUUGAGGCUCUUUAACCCGUUGAGACUCGAGAAUACGACAAGAUUCGAUUUGAGUGGACUCAAGAAUUUAACCCUUCUUCAACAUGAUGGACCUGGAAAAGCGGUUUUCAUGCCGGAAUACACACGAAAUCUGAAAACACAUCAAGUGUCCAAGUAUUUCAACAAAAAACAUCGAACCCUGAAGGUAAAGAAAAGUGACGCCAUUUUGCUGCACACUCGUUACAAUUUCCGGGAAAUGAGUGAGAAAUGGUUGGCUCUCGAUUUUCCCGUAAACGUUUUCCCAUCGAUUUCAAGUGAUCACUUUGUGCAAAGUUGGACAGAAAAACAAUGCAAGACGCCGAUUCACUCGUGUUGGGAGAUUUUGAAGCCACUGGAUGAGUGGCUUUUCGCCGAUCCUCAACCGGAUAGUCGUUAUUAUGUAUUG